UUACUUUUGUAUACAUGAGUUUCAUCUUUAUAGUUUAUAUGUUAUAUAUUUUUACAAUAUUUAUUUCAAAUUGUCAUAAACAUUUUCAAUGUUUCUUAUACAUUGUUUUUUUUUUAGGUAAAACAGUUGUAUUAAUUGGCGGUAAAAAUCUAACUGAUACAAUUAAAAAUAUUUUGCUCUUACUGUCAACAGACACUAUUUUGUCAGAAUACAGCAUGAAUUUUCUAAAGAAGAAAAAAAAGUUUAAAGAGUUGACAUGUCUAUGUUACGCUGUCACUGAAGCUGCUUUAAAGUCAAAUAAAAACUUAACCAAAAUGGAUGCCAUCCAACUUAUUGGGAGAGUAAUUAGGCAUUCUUCUGACCAAAUAAAGAGAACAUCGACUAAUAUGGAUUUUGAUCAAUAAUGGCUUAAUUAACUGUUGUAUUUUUUUUUUCCAUUUUUAAGCAAUUUUCUUCUAUUUAUAAUGCACUAUCGAUUAUAUUCUACAGU